AUGACGGUCCGGAUGCACCCCGGUGCCAUGAUCGGCGGCGCCACGCUGCAGCUGUCGGCCACCUUCACUUCCCAGGACAGAUUCAACCAGGACGCCUCGGCGCUGCAUGCCAUGAUCCCCACCAUGUCAGACUCAGGUGCAGACGUCAUCUGCCUGGCGAAAAACAGCAUGCUCUGGCUGAACGCCGCCACCAUUUGCAACAGCACGGGCGACUACCUGGCCGAGCUGGGCAUUCCCUUCCGGGUGCAGUACAGCACGCUGUUGUAUUUCGACUACUACAACACCUACAUGGGCCCUUGCCUUAGCUUCGCUGCUCCAAUAACUCCCCAAGUCGACAUAAUGAUGGCCUAA